UAUUAUUGUGCAGCACUAUAUUACGCAAAUGCUGUGAAGGUUUAAUGGGUUUAGCAGCAUGUACCUGCCAUAAAAUAAAAUAAAGGGCGAAACUCUGCUUUAGUCGAUGAAAUAACACGAAUAAACCACCUAUUAUUUCGCUUUUAUGUAAUUUGUUAAAGGGAAUAUCUCGCCCGAAAGGUGGAAUUGAACCACUCUGCCGCUAGGCAGCUACAGGUUUGAAGCCUGCACCCCGGACCACCGAGGAUCAUCCGGGCAUUAUUGGAAGGUAACUCCAAGCUAAUAUAUAGCUCUUUACAGGUGCGCAUAAUACAUUUCAUGACGCCCCGUAUGCAAGCAUGAAAACGCCAGUGUCUGUUUUGCGUUUGCCGCGGGGGCCGGAUCCCAACAGUCGCGGCUUCGACCCGAACUCUCCUCGGUUCCUGGCCCUGUGUCCCGCCACCGUGUCGGCCUCUUCUGCGGCGGACGCGCACGGUGCCGUGCUGCGAGACGAGCAGCGUGCACGCUCGCUCCUGAGGGAGCGCUUCCUGCGAAGCCUGCUGGCCAUGUGUGGCAGACCGGUGCGCUUCAGCAUGUACGAGAAGGUUCAGGUAGAGGCGAAAUUCGGUGCCUCGGAUAUCGACGUGCUCAACUUCCAAGUUUCGGAUUUACAGACUCCGAUCGGAGUACAAAAAGAGGCAUUGCUACGUUGCCCAGAUAUCAUUACGUACAGCUUUGACAUCUGAGAUUAGUGCUGGUGAACUAACCUCCUGUUGAUUAACGGAUUGUGAAUGUUAACGGUUUUUCCUGAACACACUUACAAAUAUCUUCAGUAUAUGAGGAAAAAUAAAAGAGCUAUGAUACAAAGAGCUAUCAAUUCUGAAUCGCUGAGUGACAUUUUUACCUGAAGAACACUUAAUGCAACUUUGCUGUGCUGUACGCCCUUUUUCCAAUUUCUACUUAAUGCCACCAGAGGGCGAUGUUGCGAGUGUCUCGCAGAUUAAAGUGUAUGGGCGAAGACUUAAAAGAAGAACAGAACAUUUCAAUCUCCAGUGAUUCUUCUGGAAAUAGAGGAAAUGACUACAGGUGGAUUUCAUAUAUAAUUGUCUGGAAAACCGUUUUUUUUCCUGCUACUAUAAGUAAAUUACCAUUCCAUUUUCAUUUCCAAUUCUGUCACUUAGAUCCUUCAGUAUGCUCUGAUAUCAUUGGGGGUUUGAGGUGCUAUGAGAAUAUACAUUAACAUUGUAAACAUAUUAGCAUAUGAUUUAUGGACUUGUUCAAAUAUGUAGUGUAUUUAUUUUCAGAUAAAUCCUUGGUAAUGUGAGCUCAUAGACUGGUACCUGAGGUGUUCUUGUGAUUGAUGGUAAAUGGCCUUUACUUAGAAUGUUUUUGUACAAGGUUUGCUUUGAAAUGGUAAAUAGCCCAUUGCAAUAAUGAUUAGUGUCAUUUCAUCUGACAUAUUUUCAGCUUCUACUGAUAAAUUUCUUUGCUUAUAUUAAGUUUAUUGAAACUCGGCUCUUGCAGAAUUAUGAGUUGGUAAUUUUAUACAGAAUUCUCGAAAGACAGAAAUUGGCCGUGUUGUAAAAUAGGAUCUCCUUUUGAAGCAGACCUUGUAAGUCAAUUUCCUGGGGGCUCAUGGUAUGCUUAAGUUCUUAGGCAUGAUGGUGGUGUUGAUGGAAAUCUGCUGAAGAUGGUUUGCGAGACGUUUGGGAUCUUUUUCUCGGUAUAAAGGCCCGUUUAUAGGACAAUCCAAAGAUGGACAUUGUAAAGCAUUUUGAUUGAUGGUUACCUUAUUCAAAGCUCCUGGACAAUAAAAUAAAAUAUAUUUAACUUCAGUACUAGCAUUGAUUCACUAGUGGGUAGCAAUAGAAGUGUAGUUCCCUCAGUGCAAAUGCUUAAAGGAUCCACUAUUAUCAGUUUUAAUUGAUAUCUAAGUUACAGUAAUGGAUCAGCUGGUUUUUGUGGGAACUUCUGUGGAAGGAUUCCUGUAUCUUCCCCUCAGUGUUUGUCUUCCCUUAAUUAUUUUUGAAAGUAUAUGUACGUGGCUGCAAUUCGCCACACUGGUACAGGAGAUCUGGCCUGCUCACUAUCAGCUGAAAGGAAGCACAUUCCUCGCCUUCCUGUUUGUGGACCUCUUGCUUCCCGUCAAGUGCUGGGAAAAAUGUCUGCGAUGGCCUGCAAAAAUAUAUAUGCAGGUCUAUCUCAAUGUACAUUUUUUUGUGAAGGUGUUCCUACUUGGGCUUAGUCUUAGUUGUGCUUAAAUGUUUAAUAAAGCUUUUUUUUUUCUUGUA